UCUAAAAACAUUACAGCUUAACUGCGUAUGUACGUCGCGGAAAACGGCGACAAACCUCCAUAUUUUGUCUAAACUUGUAAAUUUAUGUUUUACUUGAUUACAAAAAUCCAAGUAAAAAACUUGUAAAACAAGUAAAACCGUUUUUUACUUGUUAUAAGUUAGUGUUUUGCUCUCGGCGAAAUAAUAUCGCAAAUUCACGAAGACUUUAUUUUUAUUAUGACCAAAAUUCCGUUUGUUGUCUGGAAUCCAUGGAAUGUAAUCAGUAAUGUAUAAUGCAAUGGCACGACGUGUAAUUGCAUUAAUAUUGAUUUGUCUGGCUCAUUGGUUAAUUAAGGUUUCUUGAAUCUGUGCUUCGAUCUACACAAACAACUAAGACAACAGGUGACGUUCAUCCAGGAACGAGGCGCAUUGGCAGGAGCAUGCUAUAGUAAUGCGAGUAGUCCAAUCAGUUUCGGGUUUCACCUUUGCGUACCUAGUACAGUGACUGAAAAUUCACGUGCAUGUAAUUACCUAAAUGCAAUUAACUGACGCUUUGUGCCUUGUAACACUACUCGGUAAAUUAUACGAAAAUAUCGUUGUGCUAUACCAUAGUGUGUUAAUGCUUUUGAAGUUUUAUGGUAAGCCAGUUAUCCCAAGCCCCUUCUUCAUGACACAAUCCUCGAACCCGGACUAGUCGAAUCAGCACGACAGCCUAACCGAAAGCGUUUGUUUGUGAUUUUACCCGAUAAGACGGCUGUGCUGUGGAUGAUCCUGAUUGGCUGGUCCAUCGCGUUAGUCUGCAAUUCGCUGGUGACCGCCGGGAUUGGUGGUUCGUACGAGGCCACGGAGCCCUGGGGCACGUGUGGAGCAAAGGUCACCAGUGCCGUGGUGCAGCCGCUCAUUGUCUUCAUCAGCGUGGUGUUUCCUCUGGCUCUCGAAGGUUCCAUUUAUCUAUGCAUUUUUACUACGAUUUUACUACGUAAAUUUGUUGCCGGGAAGAAUCUGGUUGCCCCGUCGCAUGCUGCAACUUCCCAGCCAGGAUCGCAACAGCGGCAGAAAAGACUUAAAGUUGCCAGAAUGUUGUUUUGCUCGAAUAUCUGGUAUAUGGCCUGCUUUCUUCCGGCGCCCAUGACCUCCGGUUUGAAUCCGCAGCUGUAUAAUAUGGCGCCGUUGAUGCAGCUCUAUUUUCGGAGUUUGUUAGCUGUUGGCUAUGCCACUGUGCCGGUAAUCUACCUGGUCAUGAAUAAUGAUUACCGGAAUGGAUUAUACGAAAUCUGGAGGAGCAGCAAAGGCAUGCGGUGUUACAAAUUUAUGGGAUGCAAAAAGGCUGCCAUAAGAGCCCCAACUGAAAACCGUUAAUUGAGGAAACAGAACGCACUUUUGAGCUUUUUUAAGCGGUCGUAAUUUAUUUGUAAUUACAGCCGAAGCGCUAUUUUUAAUGAUACAACAAUGCUUGGGUAGAUAAAACCGUACAAGUACCUCGUCUUACAGCAUUAUUAAUUUGGAUUGUCUUGGGCUACUUAUUGUGGGGAUCACUGAUGAUUAGCAACUGAUCAUAUGUUGAGAAUAAAU